AUGAACCGCGGGACGCCCAUCGCGACGCAGCAGCAGGAGCUAAUGCGUCGCUUUACAACAUUUCUGGAUGCGGACAAUGGCCAUGGCGUGUUGGCAGACCGAAUUCAGCAAAUGGUCCAGGCACCGGACCAGGAGACCCUGGCCUCCAACGACACCCCGAAGCGCCUCAUCGUUUCCCUGGACCACCUCCGCGACUUUGACAGUGACCUCGCUCAAGACGUUAUCGAACAUCCGGUUGACCAUCUGCCAGUGUUUGAACGGGCGAUGCAAGACCUCAUCAUGGGUAUUCGCCAGGACCUUUCUGCCAGUAAGCGCAGGUUGGCUGACUUCCGCAUCGGACUGGACGGCGCAUUUGGCUCAAGGCACGUUUCACCAAGAGGCCUGAACGCGGGGCUUGUCGGUGGUGUCGUCAGAGUUGAUGGUAUUGUCACCAGGGCAUCUGUUGUUAGACCAAGGCUUGUUCUUUCGGUGCACUACUGCCCCAUCACAAAGAAGUUUCAUGAGAAGACAUUCAGAGACAACGCAAGCGUCAGUUCUCUGGCUAUGUUUACCCAAAAUGCAGGGAUGCCAGGCAGUUCCUACCCGACCAAAGAUGAGGACGGCAACCCACUAGAGACAGAGUUUGGUAUGUGCUGGUAUCGAGACUCACAGCGUGUCACUAUCCAGGAAAUGCCUGAGAAGAGUCCCCCUGGUCAGUUGCCGCGGAGCGUCGAAGUCCUCAUUGAGAGUGACCUUUGUGAUGCAUGCAAACCAGGAGAUCGAGUCAGCAUCAGCGGAAUCUUCAGAGCAGUGGGCGGCGCUGCUUCAACAAGCGGGAGCGGCAUGUUCUCCACCUUUGUCGUCGCAAACCACAUUUCCCUGCUUUCCGGUGUCGAGGGAAGGUCAAGUUACUCCCAACAUGGGCAUGUCCUCAGCCGUAUGUCCAAGUCAAUAGCUCCAAGUAUCUGCGGCCACGACUUCAUCAAGAAAGCCAUACUCCUCUUCCUAAUCGGAGGAAAAGAGCGUAAUUUGGCAAACGGCACGCAUCUUCGCGGUGACCUCAACAUUAUGAUGGUCGGAGACCCGUCGACUGCGAAAUCCCAACUGUUGCGUUUUAUAAUGAAUACGGCACCACUUGCCGUAUCCACAACUGGUCGAGGGUCUUCCGGGGUCGGUUUGACUGCCGCCGUGACAACCGAUCAGGACACGGGCGACCGUCAUCUUGAAGCUGGUGCAAUGGUACUCGCCGACCGCGGCGUCGUUUGCAUCGACGAGUUCGACAAGAUGUCUGACGAAGAUCGCGUCGCCAUUCACGAAGUCAUGGAACAACAAACCGUGACGAUCGCCAAAGCCGGCAUUCACGCAAGCCUGAACGCGCGUUGCUCGGUCGUGGCGGCCGCAAACCCCGUGUACGGCUCCUACGACAAGACGCGACCGCCCAACGAGAACAUCGCGCUCCCCGACUCGCUCCUCUCCCGUUUCGAUCUCCUCUUCAUCGUGCUUGACAUCGCGGACAAAGAGCGCGACCGUCAAAUCGCAGACCACGUCCUCCGGGGCCACCGCACCGACACCGGGUCGCGGCGGCGGUCCGCGCGACAGUCCGCGCGGCAGGCGGCGCGGUCGGAAAACAAAAUCCUGUCGCCUAAGUUCCUCAGGCUUUACAUUAGCUAUGCGAAGCACCGCGUGAACCCGGUGCUAUCGCGCGAAGCGUGCGAGCACAUUGCGCAGAGCUACCAGUCGCUGCGGCAGAACAUGCUGGAGAAGACGCAACACAUCACGGCGAGGUGCCUCGAGACGCUGAUCCGGCUCGCGACGGCGCACGCGAAGCUGCGGCUCGACAAGCGGCACGUGCUCCGCGAGGACGCAGUGGCCGCGGCCGAGGUAUUACGCUUCGCGCUGUUCAACCAGGCAGAGCCCGACAAGUCCGAGAAGGAGGAUGAGAUCCAGGCGGCGCCGGCAGCCAGGCCGGGGAGCAGGCGGCGCCGGCGCGAGGCGAGCGAAGGAACGGUGAUUCAGGAGAGCGAGGAGGCGGAGGGUGGUACGCAGGCGGGGACGCAGGCAGGGCAGGCCGCAGGGGUGGUGGAGGAGGAUGUGGCGAAGGUGAUGGAGGCGCUGAAUGCGCUGAGGGGAAGAGAGAGCAUGAUCAAGACAGAGGCAUUGCUGGAGAAGCUGAGGGGGACGUUGGAUGAGGGGAAGGUGCUAGGGGUGUUGGAUGUGCUCGGCGAGAGGGAUAUUGUGGUUGUCGCGGAUGGAUCUAUCUUCAUUGUGUAG